GACCCGUUACUUACGGGCCGUAAGACUCAUAACCAAGUCCAACCCAUUCAACCCUAGAGUCGAAGUAUUUAUGAAAAAUGUCGUAUAUUUCUUCUUUCUCCUUCGCUUCAAAUUAUAUCUGAGCAGGCGAUUUUAGACGUGGAAGACCUAAGGGUACUGUGUAGACCUUUUUGGCCCCUGUAGACAUCUUGUCAUAUCUGGGUGAAAAAAAAAAAAGGAAUCGGAGGAUAAUAUUUUUUGAGAGAAGGUAUUGUGCAGACCUUUUGGCCCCUGUAGACAUCUUGUCAUUUUUGGGUGAAGAAAAGGAGUCAGGGGAUAUAUUUGAGAGAAGGCACUUGUUAUUAUAAGUUCUUGGUGUGACUACUUUUGAGGAUUUAUCCCAUCGCCACCUCGCCAUGGGAGUUCGUACGGAUACUAUUGGUCUAGGAAGACUAUGAUAAUCAAGGAGAAUAUCAGUGUAUUGCACUACUGUAAAUGUUUCAAAUAUGUUACUAGCUAUAGAUUUUUACAAAAUGUUAUGUUUGGUUCACUCGGGUGGGUAUAACCUAUCAAUUGCAAAAUUUGUGUAGAUAUUUGCAAAUAUUUCAAUGAGAAGGUCUGGAGGUCCACCACUAGUCGUUCUGCCUAGCAUGGCAAGGACAGUCAAGUAAAAAUAUUUGAAAGAGAAGAUGACUUACAUAUAUGUUGCAUGGGUAUAAUAUAAGGUUUGACAAAAAGGGAAGGUUUGGAUAUUGCAUAAAAAAAUAGAAGAGACAGAUUUUGUUGCUUCCUUUGCAGUGGUUAUCAUGAAAGCAGGUUGAGAUGUUUUGAGAUAAAGAAAUUGCAUUUAAUAUGUUUUGUUAUAAAGAAAUAUCCCAAGUCUAGAGAUGUUUGUGAAAAAGAGAAGAUGAUGAUUACAUGAAAUUCGUAAUUCCUUAUGUUAUGGAGAAAUGGCCUUUACUGGUCAAAGUCAAGUACCAAAGUCCUCAGCAGUGGACGCUGAGGAUUUUAAGAGUGGUCUUGCAGCUACUUCUGGAGAGACAGCCACAGAAAAAUUAAAGUUGGGUCAUUCCCGUGUAAAUGAAGAGAAAUCUGUGCCAGUCAGUACCACUCAGGUAGCUCCCAAAACAGGAGUUCCUUCAGUUUUGAAAUACCUGUUAAUUAGUAAAAGGGUAUAUGAUCUGUAUGAUGUACCUAAUAAGGUGGGUGAAUCAGAAGGGAUUAUUGCUGGGGAUUCUAGGGAAAGAAAAGGUUGUUCUGGCAAUGAAAUUACAGGGGAUACUGGUGAAGUGGUUGACACAGGUUUGCAAACUUCAAAAUCCCCAAAAGUUACAGAAGCAAUUGAGGAUGUUAGCAAUAGUUCAACUGAUAGAAAAUAUGAAUGUAAAUUGUGUUUGAGUGUAUUGAAGAACAGACUAUUAUUUUGGCAACACUUGCAUGAGCAUUCACAGGAAGUUCCUUAUACAUGCAAAAAUUGUUUGGAAAAUUUUGAUAAUGAAAAGGUAUUGAAAAUUCAUUAUAUGCAUAGAUGUGGCUGUGCUGCUUGUGGGAAACAAAUACGAGGAAGCCAUGCAGGUCCUCAUGCCAAAGGGUGCCGUUUGGGUAACCCUUUCUUGUGUACGGGUUGUAGCAAUAGGUUCCCGUCUUCUGACGUUUUCAGAAAACAUUUAAGAUCUCAUAUUAAUAAGGAGAACUCAUACAUAUGCAAAGAGUGUGGGGAGAUAUUUCUUUGUAAAUCUGAUGCAAGGAAACAUGAAUUUCUAAAAAACAAUUGUUCAGGUCCAGUUAUCCAGGCUUUUACAAGUGAGGCUGAUAUAUUCAAAUUUGAUUUUCCUGAUGAAGAAAGAGAAGAGGUAAUGCCAUUGUCUCCUGUAAAUAUUGAGAGUGAGUUUAAUUCCAGUGCUUUGGAUCCAUUGGCAAUUGACAAAGAAGAAUCCAGUGCUUUUGGAUCCAUUGGGUAUUGACAAAGAAGAAUCCAGUGCUUUGGAUCCAU